AUGAGGGAAGUGUCCAUCUAUUCGGUCGCAAGGCCGGUGAAAACUACGAAUCGAGAGAAGUUGGCUAUCACCUUCUCGGAUGAGGAUUAUGAAGGGGUUUAUCUGCCCCACUCGAACGCAUUGGUGGUGACUAUGGUGAUAGCGAAUCACAAGAUACAUCGGGUCUUGGUGGAUAAUGGCAGUUCCGCAGAUAUCCUGUAUAAGUCAGUCUUUGAUCUGAUGAAGAUUAGUAGAGAGAAAGUUUCUGCCUUCCAUUUCCCUUUAGUGGGAUUCGCAGGGAAACAGGUGAUGCCUUUGGGAUCGAUUGAGCUGCAAGUUACCUUAGGGAACCCCCCAGCGCAAAAAACGAUUCCGGUAAAGUUCCUUUUAGUUGAUCAACCAUCGGCUUACAAUGCUAUUUUCGGAAGGACAGCGCAAGCCGAGUUGAAGGCAGUAAUGUCGAUACCCCACCUCAGCAUGAAAUUUUCGACGGAAGAUGGAGUGGGAACGAGGAGUCCGACCGGAGAUUUAGAAGAUGUAGUGGUUGGACCCCAAGGUCGGAAGCUUCGGGUUGGAGCGCAACUUCCGGAAGCUGAGAAGAAGAAGUUGGUGGAGUUUUUGCGAGGCCAUGUCGAUGUCUUCGCCUGGGAACACAAUGAAAUGCCGGGAAUAGACUCCUCGGUCAUCGAGCAUCAGUUGAAUGUCUAUCGGAAUUGCAGGCCGGUGAAGCAACGGAGAAGGACUUUUGCCCCCAAGCGCAACCAAGCAAUUGCGGAUGAGGUACGAAAAUUACUUGAAGCUGGAUUCAUUCGAGAAGUUGAUUAUCCGGAAUGGUUGGCUAAUGUGGUGUUAGUAAAGAAAGUGAAUGGGAAAUGGAGAAUGUGUGUGGAUUUUACGGACCUCAACAAAGCUUGUCCGAAAAGAUUGCUUUCCCCUUCCCUGGAUAGAUCAGCUCGUUGA